AUGCUAUUCGCUACAGUCGAAAUCAUUGUCUAUCCGAACACUCACAACUACAAAGCCGGCAUGCUUUUCUUUAGUUUUACCGAGUCAUUUGGAUUGAGUGGUUCAAAAACUAAAAAUUUUCCUUUAGUUGGUUACACAUUCGUUCAUUCUGCAACAAUGUCCUUAUUAUCAGUUCAGUUUAUCUAUAGAUACUGUUUAGUUUUUGAUGUUAAUAAACUACAAUGCUUCAAAGGAUGGAAAUCCGUGAUCUGGUAUAUUUACUGUUCAUUUUUUGGUUUUCAAUAUGCUGUAUUCUUUCUUUACUGGGCGCACGAUGAAUUUUCACCUGAAUACUUUCGAGAAGAAGUACUACUUCGUUAUAAUGCGAAUAUCUCCAGUUUCCCUGCAAUAUCCUGUGUUGCUUACGAUCCAGUUGAUGGAUCAGUCCGUUGGUGGAAUGUUAUCGGAAUUAUAAACGUAUGUUCAGUUAUGAUCGUUCAAUAUGGGGUCAUGAUCUACUGUGGAUGGUCUAUGCAUACAAAAAUGGCAGAUAAAAUUAAACAUUUCUCAAAGAAUCUGAGAAAACUUCAUGAACAACUUUUCAAGACCUUGGUUCUUCAGAUCACUGCCCCCACACUGACUUUGUUUCUCCCAGCCUCUUUGAUAAUGCUACUUCCAAUCUUAAACUUGGACAUUAGCAUUCCAUCUGGAGUAAUGUUGUGUUCCUUCACACUGUACCCAGCUUUGGAUUCCAUCAUUGUGAUGUUCGUCGUGUCGGAAUACAAAACAACUGCAAAGAAGGUCUUCAAAGUCAUUGGAAAAACUAUUGUUGAGUUCAAUCAAUCGAGAAAUUAG